AUGUUGAAUAAAAGUUCUGAUCAGAGAUCUAUUUAUUAUUCUGGAUCUCGAGCUUGUGGUCGAGGUCGUGGCAGAUCUCGGGUUCAGUGUCAACUUCGUGGAAAGGUUGGACACCUGGUUGAUCGAUGUUGGCAUAGAUAUGAUCAAGACUUCUCGUGUGUUACUUUUGUCAAUCGUGGGCAAUACCAGUCGGAGUAUAAGACUACCUCUUCUCUAGGUAAUUUUACAGUUUCAUCCACUGAUGGUGGUUGUGAGUGCUGUGCUAAGCGAAGGACUGGUUCAGUUUUGAAUGACCAACCACAGGCUCAUGCUGCUUUUAUGCAAUAUGAGCGUUGGGUGGUUGACACAGGGGCUACACAUCAUGUUACUGCAGAUGCUAAUAAGGUUUUGAAUUCAUCUGAGUACCUUGGACCAGGUAAACUCUUAAUUGGAAAUGGAAUGCCUCUUGAUGUUGCUUUGGUUGGUCAUUCUCAUAAUGGUGUGGUAGAGCGAAAGCAUCGUCAUAUUGUUGAACUAGCACUAGUUUUGUUAGAUCAGGCAUCUUUACCAAUCAAAUAUUGGUAUAUGCAAUUAUCUCUGCAAAAAAGAAAUGAUGGUGCUCUGUUCUUUCUGCACUACCUUAAUGUUUUUAAUCAUUCAGGGAAAGAGUGUCGUCCUCGACAACAGCUGCUUGUUUAUGCCAAGAGGGUAUCAGGUUUAGAGGAAGCCUUGAGAAUAAGGAGAGAGCGUGAACUUCAGGGUACGCCAAAGUUUAGAAGGCCGCCACCUUUAAGACGAGGGAAGGUGUCACCACGUCUUCCUGUUCCUGAUCACAUACCAAAGCCUCCUUAUUUAGAUUCAAAUAUAUUGCAUGAAAUUUCUAGCGAACAUCAGAUUCAUGAUGCUGAAGGCAUUGCUCGAAUGAGAGCUGCCCGUGAGCUUGCUGCUUGUGUCUUAAACUAUGCAGGGACAUUAGUUAGGGGUUAUCACGGAGACACAUCAAGGACAUUUCUCUGUGGAGACGUCAGUGGCCCAGUUAAACGCCUUGUACAAGUAACCGAGGAGUGCUUGGAGAAAGGCAUAGCUGUUUGCAAAGAUGGUGCUAGUUUCAAAAAAAUUGGAAAAAGAAUAAGUGAGCAUGCCGAAAAAUAUGGCUAUGGAGUGGUGGAGCGUUUUGUUGGGCACAGUGUCGGGACUUUUUUCAUUCUGAGCCAAUUAUACAUCAUCAUAAGUAUUAAUAGGAUGAAGGUAACCUAGUCCCCCCCCCCCUUC